AUGGCAUCACCAGCCCGCUCCCAUACAGGCUGUAUCUCAGACCCAACUCCCAUGGAAAAGAUCCCAACACUGGUCCCCCUCACCUCCGUGCAAAGCAACCCAGUCGAGUCUGACAGGCGCGUCACUCCAAAACCCAGUCGACGCCUACGCAAGGCGCCCGGCAAAGGCCAUGAAAGCAGCAACAGCAUCACCAAGGAGCUGACUCGCGGGGCUCCCACUGAUGGAUAUCCCAACCGCUUCCUGACCAAAUCCUCCAGUCAGCUGGACAUCGCGAAAAAGAGAAGCCAGUACUUCAACGAAGUGUUCACUUCUAGAGAGCCGUAUCAUACCCCUCGGCACCGCGUUAAUCAGGACUCCGUCGUUGUUGUCGAGAUCAAAACGAAUGUCCUUCUGGAAAAUGACUUCCAGAACCUCUCGGAACUUUCCCUCAACCUCUCCCUGAUAUUCCAGCGCCCAGAGUCCUCCAUCCUCCUUUACGUCGAGCACAACUGUUGUCUGAUGCUCGCCAGUAGCUACGAGCCCGCCUAUCUAGUUACCGUCUCCGCGCUGCCUUGCUCAAUCGCCCCAAUAACCAACCUGCGCCACACCGUGCUGAUCCAAACCGCCAUCUUGGAUAUCUUCAACAUCCCCGGCAACCGCGGCGUGAUCAAGUUCGAAUCCAUGGCAGAGGAAAACUUCGCCACAAACGGCUCAACCAUCCGCGAUGAGAUUGACCAACUCCAGCGCACCUCUAAUGACGAUCAUAGCAUCUUCAAGAGCAUCUCGCACAGUGUCACUCGCAAGAUUAAAUCGAACACGUCCAACGGUAAUAAUAGCGUUGUCCGACCCGGUACUCCUGUACACGACUUGCCGAAUCCGUCCACUAACGAUGGCAAUAAUGACAAUAAAAAUUAUGGAGAAAGUAAUUUAGCUUCAUCAACUGUUCCCCCAGAAGACAAAAUGGAGCUAGCUUCUCCAAAACAGGGCGCACUCAGGGGCAGGGACCGCGUUAUCAAGAAAUGCCAGAGUAUCCGGCAACUUUUCUUCCGUUGA